GGAGGAAGAAGCGGCGGCGGCGGCUCCUCUUUGCAGAGGGGGAAACUCCGAGGGAUAAGAGCAAGAAUAAUGCGGUAGGCGAGGCGGGCUGCUCGCUCCCGGCUCCGGCUCCGGCUCCGGCCCCGGCCCCGGCUCCGGCGGCAGCAGCGGCAGCCCCAGCAGCGGCAGCACCCCCAGCAGCGGCAGCACCCCCAGCAGCUGACAGCCCCGCCGGCAGGCUCCCUCGCUGACCGCCGACUGUCAAUGGAGCUGGAAAACAUCGUGGCCAACACGGUCUUGCUGAAAGCCAGGGAAGGGGGUGGAGGAAAGCGCAAGGGGAAAAGCAAGAAGUGGAAGGAAAUCCUGAAGUUUCCUCACAUUAGCCAGUGUGAAGACCUCCGAAGGACCAUAGACAGAGAUUACUGCAGUUUAUGUGACAAGCAGCCAAUUGGGAGGCUGCUUUUCCGGCAGUUCUGUGAAACCAGACCUGGGCUGGAGUGUUACAUUCAGUUCCUGGACUCAGUGGCAGAAUAUGAAGUUACUCCAGAUGAAAAACUGGGGGAAAAAGGGAAGGAAAUUAUGACCAAGUACCUCACCCCGAAGUCCCCCGUUUUCGUUGCCCAGGUUGGCCAGGACCUGGUCUCCCAGACGGAGAAGAAGCUCCUGCAGAGGCCCUCCAAGGAACUCUUCUCUGCCUGUGCGCAGUCUGUCCACGACUACCUGAAGGGAGAGCCCUUCCAUGAGUAUCUGGACAGUAUGUAUUUUGAUCGCUUUCUCCAGUGGAAGUGGUUGGAAAGGCAACCGGUAACCAAAAACACUUUCAGGCAGUACCGAGUACUAGGCAAAGGGGGCUUUGGGGAGGUCUGUGCCUGCCAGGUUCGAGCCACGGGGAAAAUGUAUGCCUGCAAACGCUUGGAGAAGAAGAGGAUCAAAAAGAGGAAAGGGGAAUCCAUGGCACUUAACGAGAAGCAGAUCCUGGAGAAGGUCAACAGCCAGUUUGUGGUCAACCUGGCCUAUGCCUACGAGACCAAGGACGCGCUCUGCUUGGUUCUGACCAUCAUGAACGGGGGUGACCUGAAGUUCCACAUCUACAACAUGGGUAACCCUGGCUUUGACGAGGAGCGAGCCUUGUUUUACGCGGCAGAGAUUCUCUGCGGCUUAGAAGACCUCCACCGGGAGAACACCGUGUACAGAGAUUUGAAACCCGAAAAUAUCCUGCUAGACGAUUAUGGCCACAUUCGGAUCUCAGACCUGGGUCUGGCCGUGAAGAUCCCCGAGGGAGACCUGAUCCGCGGCCGGGUGGGCACGGUCGGCUACAUGGCUCCGGAGGUCCUGAACAACCAGAGAUACGGCCUGAGCCCUGACUACUGGGGUCUGGGCUGCCUCAUCUAUGAGAUGAUCGAGGGGCAGUCACCAUUCCGGGGCCGCAAAGAGAAGGUGAAGCGGGAAGAAGUGGACCGCCGGGUCCUGGAGACAGAGGAGACCUACUCCCAGAAGUUCUCUGAGGAGGCCAAGUCCAUCUGCAAAAUGCUGCUCACCAAAGAUGCAAAGCAGAGACUGGGCUGCCGGGAGGAGGGGGCUGCGGAGGUCAAGAGACACCCCUUCUUCAGGAACAUGAAUUUCAAGCGCUUAGAAGCCGGGAUGUUGGACCCUCCCUUCAUUCCAGACCCCCGCGCCGUGUACUGCAAGGACGUGCUGGACAUCGAGCAGUUCUCCACCGUGAAAGGCGUCAACCUGGACCACACGGACGAUGACUUCUAUUCCAAGUUCUCCACGGGCUCCGUGCCCAUCCCCUGGCAGAGCGAGAUGAUAGAAACCGAGUGCUUUAAGGAGCUGAACGUGUUUGGACCUAACGGUACCCUCUCACCGGACCUGAACAGAAGUCACCCUCCAGAACCGCCAAAGAAAGGGCUGCUCCAGAGAAUCUUCAAGCGUCAGGUGAGGGACGCCCCCUCCGUGCCCGGCUGUCCCGGCGUCGGCCCCGGGAUGCCCCAGGCCCAGCAUCAAAACAAUUCCAAGAGUUCACCCAAUCCCAAGACCAGUUUUAACCACCACAUAAAUUCAAACCAUGUCAGUUCAAACUCCACCGGGAGCAGCUAGUUGGAGCUCUGGCCUUAAGUCCACAGUGGGACCAGCCCAGCCCCUUGUCCGUUGAGGCAGAACUUGUGGACAGGGGAGCCCUCCAGAGGAGCCGGGGAAGGAGGCCGUCCGCCCCCUCGACGCAGAGCCUCCAGGUUUCUCAAAGAGAUUUCCACUCAGGUCUGUCUCCAGAGGUGGCCCUCAAGCCGACGUGGAACAUUGCAAUAGAAAUCCAGUUGGAUACGACAACUUGCACGUACUUUAAUAGCGUCAUACCUAGAACUGAAUUUUGUCUUUAUUAUUUUUAAGGAAAAGUUUUGUAAAUUUCUCUAUUGUCUCAGUUUACAUUUUGUAUAUUUGUAUUUAAAUGAAAGUCAGACUUUGAGGGUGUAUAUUUUCUGCGCAGCCGCUGUCAAGCCAUGUGUUUUCAGACAUUUUAGAGUGGGUGGGGGAGGGGGGGUGUUACCAAAAAAAAAAAAAAAAUGUGACUCAAGACUUCCAGAGCCUCAAAUGAGAAACUGUUUUUAUUAAAUGUAGAAAAUGAUUCACAUUUCACCUUUAAAGGAUUGGUUGUAUCCAUCUCUGUAACCUUUCCCUCACGUUGAUGUCACCAUGCUGUUGGCUUGUAACCAUCUGACUUACAGACCCACUUGCAGCAUCGUCUGUGGGGUCUCUGGAGUCACCCGGGGCCAAUGUGCACUUGUCCUUCAGAGGCACACGGUGCCAGUGUUGCUUUGCCCUUGGCCUCCUCUUCCUUCUGGAAGGUAGCUGGUACACAGAGCUGGGCCUCUUUCUUUCUAAGCAGGCUCUGGCUGCUAAAGCCAGUAUGUUUUCAAGAGGCUUGCAUUUGGGGAGUUUCGUUUUACUCUAUUUUUUAAGGGAGGCAUAGCGAUGAUAAGGAAUAGUCAUGGAACCCCAGCUAUCCCGAAUCCUGUGGCCCAAAGGAAGCAUCAGAGUGUGGGGUCAGUAGAGUCCUACUGAAUGAGUCCAUAGAGGGGAGAGGGAGGUUUGCCCAAGGACUCCAGGGAGGCUCCUUAGGUUUUUACAGGGUCACGGGGUCUCAAGAGCUUCACAAGGCCCCACAGAUUCCUUGGCCCGGGUGGCGUGGAUGGCGUUGGCUCCCCAAGUAAUGCGAUGCUGGAGGAGAGGGCCAGGAUACCACGGAAGCUCAAGACAAACUCACGGUCACUCCUUGGGAGAGGCGGGACAAAGGCGAGCUCUAACGGGGCAUCUCAACAUCAGGCACAAGUAGCCCCCAGGAGGACUUGGUGGCUUUACCAGACCAGGGUUUUCUGAAGGCAGCUGCCAGGCCUUUGAGCGUGGCCGUCCAGCACCAGGGAGCCACUGGCCUCCUCCUGCUGCCUCCACGAGGUGACAAGGAGCAAAUCCACCCUUGCCUCCCCUCUGCUCCCCUGCCUGGCUCGUCCCCGGAGACCGAGUCAGCCUCCUUAAGACCCGGUGUCAGCCACCUGGCAGUUGCCAGGGUUCCUCCUGGUGUGGGUCCUGCAUCACCUGCGCUGGCAUCUCCUGUCAACAUGCAGAUACCUGGGCACCACCCCAAACCUCUGGGAGGAGGCCCAGGAAUCUGCAUCUUGAAGAAGCUCUCCAGAACAUUCUGACACACCCUCCAGUAAGGGCACUGCUGCCUUACUUAACGUAGUGGGGCUUCGGGUGCGACUCUCCCCAGAUGAUCUCUUCCUGUGACCCAGGCAGCUUGGGGCUGAGCUUUGAGGGAGGGGAGCUCAGGGUCCGCACUCUUCCCUCCGCCCGGCCCUGUGGGUCCCGGAGCUCCAGCCGGAGAGGGGCCGCCUUCAGGGGCGAUCGCUUUGGAUCAUGUGACAAACAAGAGGGCAAAGCAACCCUGGGCUCCCUUUGGAUCCCUCCAACGUGCAGUAUUAUUUCCUGCAAGACCAGCUCCCACCUCGGAGGCUGCUUCACGUUGCCUUUCCUGGGCCACACACAGGAUAAAUACAAACAGCCAUACUCGGUUUUGGCCCAGGAUGCAGAAAGCUCCUUGACUCAUAUUUUAGGAUCCUCAGGCUCUCGCUGACCCUCCUUUCUUAAUGGAAAGGACAGUCAUCUUCCCGGGAUGGCCACCAGCCCAGGCUCCCAGGCUCCCACCCUCCCUCCUUCCUUUUGCCCAAUUCACAGCAGCUCCCCACUUCCGAAUGACUGGCGUCGGGGAGCCACCUCUUUGAAAGCCUCUGAGCCCCACGCUGGCCAUUUGCAGCACAGAGUCCUCGAGGUGCGAGAAUGAAAGCAUCAGUCCGUCUGCUCCGCGCGUCUCUGCAUCCUGGGAGCUCGAACGAUGCGAACGCACAGGCCUCUGUGGGACCCGACGUCUUCCAGAGCCUUCCUCUGUAUUACAGCCCAUGUCCCCGCCACAGCCCCUCAACCUUUCUGAACCUCCUGUUCCUUGGCCCCUUGUUUCCUACAAGGAAAGGGAAGUGGUUAUUUAAAACAAAUCAGCCCUCCCUUCCACCCCCAGCCCCCGAGUCAUCACAGUUUCUCCUCCAACUUGUUUUCUAGAGCUGCAUUUUUAAAAGAUAUUUUUUAAUUAGGAAAAAAACAAAAAACAAAAAAAACCCACGCCACCGUCUCACCGUCUCACCGUCUUCCCCAACCACCUGUCUGGGAUAAGGCGAAUCUGGGCAGUGAAUGGAUUUAAAUCUUUUUUUUUUUUUUUAUGACAUUUGAGCCCUUCACAGAAGGGCCUCUCUUUCUCCAAGCGUGACAUUUCUCUCACCGGACAUCCUUGUGCCUUUGAGGUGAGACGCAGGGCCCUGCAGAAACCUCUGCUCCCGCUUUUCAGGAGACAAGCAGCUGUCCCCAGCGGGACGGGGGUGAUCUCCGCCCUCAGCACCACGACCCACAAGACCCACAAGGGUUUAUCGAGCCCCUUUGGUGGGGGCGGGGGGCUUCCGUGACAUCACCCUAAUACCACCAACACCCGAGCCGGGCCUUCACGGGGAGUGCCGUCCCGUCCCACCGGCUCGUCCUCCCCUCUUCCCAGGCCAGGAGGGCACCUGUUAAGCCCCGAGGUUCGGGCUGCGCGCUUGCACGGCGGCUAAGCCUCGCUGCAUGUGGCCGGGCCCCAGGAGGGCCUGCUCCUGGGCGCGCUGCUCUUAGCAAACCCUCGGUCCUGGAGGGCGGGCGGCGGAGAUCAGGGUCCCCGGGUCCUAGGCACGCUCCACGCUCCAGCUACACAGAUGGCGAGUCCUGGGGACUCGCGUGGACGCCACCUGUGCAUGAGGGCGCCCCGGGAUGAGGCCAGCAGGCCCUGACCGCGAGGAGGGCCACCCCUGAGAAGCCCGGCUCCCCACGCCUGGCCGCGGAGUCCUGCCGCCGCCCAAGCUCCUCCUUGCCCUUCCGCAGCCCUGUCCUUCCCGGAAAGGCCCCGGGCAUCGGUUUCCCACCGACUGGCCCACGUGAGCCGCCACCCAGACCUCGCUACAGAGGGAGCAUCGCGACCUCCUCGCAUCUGAUGCCCCGGGCUGGCCAAAGGGGACGGCGGCCUCGUGGGCCAUCGGGAGCCCCCAGCACCCCGAGGUGGAGAGGAAGCGCCCCUUGGGUGCCAUCAGCCCUCCUCCCGGGCUGCCCGAGCACCUGCCUGGGCACCUGCACCUUCCGAGGGCGCUUGCGUGGUCUCCUGGUCUCCUCACCCCCCACUCUGGGGCAGGACCUCCUAACUUCAGAGCCUCGGCCUGGAAAGGAAAGGAGUGGGACAGCUCCGCGCAUUCUGAGGCAACGGAGUGGAGCCACCACCAGCAGAGAGCUCGCUUCUUUCUGUCACAAGGGCCCAGGACAGGGCAGCCUCGUCCCCCGCCGGCUUCCACAACCCACCAGGACGGCCAGGUUCCCGGCUGGUCUCCUGCUGGGGACAGUGGUUAAGACCUUUGAAAAGUUAGCUCUCCCCGGGGACAGAAAGAUGCUUCCUAAAAGGAGAAUGUAGAUGUCUUUCUCCAGCCCAUCAAUAAGUCAUUUUUGUAAUAGAGCAAAAGCGAAUGUUCUCGAUUAGAAGAGCUUAGUGGCUGUUGGUAGUGUUAAAAUAAUAAUCCUUCUAGUAUCCAAAGGUUUCUAUUUUUUUUUCAGGGAAAUUUUCACAUUGAUGAUGAAUGAAACUAGUUCCAUUUUGGAGGUCAUUCCUGACCAUAAUGGCUUUUGUUCUGCUGCUCUGAAUCUUGUACGUUCCAUCUAAUAUGUCACUGUGCUGCUGUAUCUAGAUCGAACCACUGUUGUUGUUUUUUUUUUAAGAGAAAUAAAUUCCUUAAUGAAAA